UAAUAGAGUGUUGUACUGUACAUGAGACGGUGCAGAAAAUAUUUCAGGAUUUGGGGAACCACACGGAAUUACUACAAGGGAGCGUUCGCCCGUGAGGAAUCUCAGGUCCUCCUUGUAACGCUACCCAUCACACCUUCCUCCCUCUCUUCUAUUCCAUUCCCUCUUCAACUACAACAUUCAAUUUCCCUCCUGCCUGCAGAUAGUGACCGUAUUGGAUGAGGAAUGUGCGGCUAAACUCCCAAAAGCUGCUCCCCGCUGCAGUGCAUGUGUGAACGUUUGACUGAUCCAUGUAUGGGAUUCUUCACUCUCUGUGGAGAGACAAGGAGCUGAUAGCGUACUGAGAGGGAAAACGUUAAAAGUUUGAGGAAUUAACUGAUUUAUGGACAUAAAAAGGUCACUAGUAACUACUCUUUCUUGACCCUUGGAGGAUCUUUUUUCCAAUCCCGCGCUGAAGGCUUGAAAGUGUUCCGGUCACAUUGCGCACUGACAGCUGGCUGUCCUGGAGCCUGCUUGAGUGAAUAGGUGCUCCGUGCACGCGAGAGAUAGCGCAGCGCGGACACCUGCAGUAAAAUGUAGCGGGAAUUCCCCUCGUAAACCGUCUGGAGAAGAACUUCAGAGAGCUGCAGACCUGUCAAUUACCCUCAUCAGCGUCCAGUCAAAGCCAGGAGAAAAGGAGAGGGCGGGGCAUGGACUGGCGUGGCCGUUGCUAUGCAUGAGCGAAUGCCACGGUGUCCAUGGAGACCAAGGGCUUUACUGACCUCCUGGAGACCAGCGAUGGGCAGGGGUCGGGGCUUCUGGAGAAAGGGGACGUGCCGGGGACUGAGGAGGGCUGGAGCAUCCCCUUACCCCUGGGCUUCCAGGUAUCCCUCACCACCGUGCUGAUGCUGGAGCUGGUGCUCGGCUUCAGCAGCAACCUGACCGUGCUGGUGCUCUACUGCGCCCAGUCCAACCUGGUCGACUCAGUCAGCAACAUGGUCACGGUCAGCUUGCACGUGCUGGACAUCAUGGUGUGUGUGCUGUGUCUGCCGCUGACCGUGGCGAUCAUUCUGCUCCCAGUGGACGGUAGUGGCGGGGGCAGCCUGGCUACGUUGUGCUGCUUCCAUGAGGCCUGCGUCACCUUCACCAGUGUGGCCACGGCCAUCAAUGUGCUGGUCAUUAGUCUGGACCGCUACGACAUCUCUGUCCGUCCGGCCACGCGGCUGCUGACCCCUCGACGUGCUGCGCUCCUCCUGGCUGCCGUCUGGGCCGUAUCACUGGCUGUCUUCUUCCUGCCCUUCCUGGAGGGGGACUUCUUCUCAACGGGGUCCGACGUGGAGGACAGAGAGGUUGGAGGAGGGUGGGAGAUGGACAUGGGGGAUCUGAUCCCUGAGUCUGAUUCUGAAGACCCUACUGGGCUGACCCCCACUGGGCAAAACCACACUGGGCUGACCCUCACCCCCUCCACCCCCUACUACUCCCACCCCCUGCCGCCAUUGUGGCAGAACCGUACGCUGCUAUGUGUGGGCGGGCAGGGCUACCACACGGGCCUGGCCAUGAACUACCACCUCCUGCUGCAGGUGCCCUGCUUCUUCAUCGCCGUGGUCGUCAUGCUGUUCACAUACUCCCGCAUCCUACAGGCCCUCAACAUCCGCAUCGGCACCCACAUCAAGAGGGGCCCACGGGCCUCCAAUAAGGACUUAGGCUGCAGGAUCCGCAGGCGGAGACGAAGGAGGAAGGGGCUGAGUCUGGCCACAGAGGGGGGAGCAACUUGUGCCCCCCAGGCCCCAACCCCCACUGACAUCAUCUCCCCUCCGCCGGCGGCAGAGCGCCCAGGCGUCCAGGCUUCUGUGUCGGCUAUCAUCGCCCUGAGGAGGGCUGUGAGGCGCCAUCGGGACCGGCGGGAGCGCCAGCGGAGAGUCUUCAAAAUGUCCCUGAUCAUCAUCUCCUCUUUCCUGGGCUGCUGGGCUCCUCUGUCCAUGGUGAACGUGUUGAUACUGUGUCUGGGCCCCAGUGAUGGCCUGGUACGCGUGAGGCUCUGCUUCCUGGCCAUGGCAUACGGCACCACCAUCUUCCACCCGCUGCUCUACGCCUUCACCAGGCAGAAGCUACGUAAAGCGCUGAAGACCCAUGUCAAGAAGAGGGUGGUGUCCCUGCUGCAGGUGGACACGGCGCCCAACGGGGGAACUGUUAUUCACAACUCCUGGGUGGAGGGGGGUGGACAGAGGAAGGGACGCAAGCCCCGACUGGAGGGCAGUGACGCCACCAGUAACUGUCUAACAGUGGCUGUGAGAGAAUGAGAGGGCGUGUAGCUGUGUGUGUGCGUGCGUGCGUGCGUGAGUAUGCAUGUGUAUGUGAUAGUUGACAAAGGUCACAAGACAUCAUCAGCACCUCCCUCCAUCCAGAUGUGAUGAUGGCAGGUGGGCCCAGAGCUCUAAUUAAUAUCAGACCUGCUCUGUGAUCUAUGUACACAGCUCAUCAUUAGUCCCCCAGGCAACCACAAGAUGUCCUCUCCUUCUCCAUGGCAAUUCCAAGCUACAAAGCAAUAUGUGACAUCACCUGCGUUGUCGCAACCUUAGUUACUGUAUAUAUACAUCCCUGUAUAGGUACAGAGCAAAAAUAUCCACACACAUUUAUCAACCUGUUGUCAUUCACGGAACAAGUAAGCACACAAUAUCUACCUGCACACAUCUCAAUGAGAGUCAAUAUCCAGUGACAGUUUAUCAUUUGAUUAGUCAUACAUUAAAGGAGAACUUUUCUUUUUUACAACCUAUUUUUGAUGUACUGUAAAUGGCAUGUUAUAGAAGGGUCCAGACACCUUUUUUGUGAUUUAAUUUUUUUUUUUACUUACCCCAAACAGCAAAUCGCAUCCUCAUCCUCGUUGUGUAGUAUGGGGGCCCCGAAAAACAUG